UUCAAAAUGAACUACAGUUUGGUGGGUUCCAAUGACAGGGCCCUUGAAGAUGUUUCAGUAUUUGGCUGGGAGGCGUUUCUACAGUCUAUUGAAGAUGGUGACAUUGAUGUAACAUUAUCAGAAGUUAUUGCCUUUGUGACGGGGGCUGACUGUUUCCCACCUUGUGGAUUUUCGAAGUUGAUAGAUGUGGACUUCUACACUUGUGAAGGCAGACUUCCAUCAGCUUCCACUUGUGCUCUCCAGCUGUGGUUACCAAGAGUCAAUAACCCUGAUAUGAUUUCCAAACUUAUGUACAGGGCUUUAAAGGAAUCAUAUGGUUUUAUGAAAAUUUAGGUUAUAUGGUUUAGUUUGGUGGAUGUACAUUAUUGUGUUGUAAAGGAAGUAACAUGUAGGCAGAAAAAUAGUUAAUGGCUUUUCUGA